AUGUUAACCAAGAAGAACCGGUACAUCCACAUUGACAGAAUUUUUAUGGAAGGUAACUGUAGUGCUAUGAUUCAACGCAUUCUUCCACCCAAGCAUAAAGGUCCUAGAGUUGUCACGAUACCGUGUUGUAUUGGUGAGGUUGCUGUAGGCAAAGCUCUCAUAGACUUGGGAGCUAGUAUCAAUUUAAUGCCUCUUUCCAUGUGCCGACGACUUGCAGAGAUAGAGAUAAUGCCUACAUGCAUGACCCUCCAGUUAGCUGACCGCUCCAUCACAAGGCCAUAUGGAAUGAUUGAGGAUGUCUUAAUUCAGGUCAAACAACUUAUUUUUCCUGCAAAUUUUGUGGUUAUGGAUAUAGAGGAAGAUCUUGACAUUCCUAUAAUAUUGGGCCGCCCUUUUAUGUCCACGACCAACUGCAUAGUAGAUAUGGGGAAAUAUAAACUAGAAUUGAGCAUGGAGGAUCAAAAAGCCUCAUUUGACUUAUUUGAAGCAAUAAAUUAUCCAAAUGAUAUGAAAGCUCGCUUUGAUCUGGACAAGGUAGAACAAGAAAUAGAAACAACAGCUACAACCAUGGCACUGCAUUCUCCUUUGGAGAAAGCAUUGAUUAAUCAUGUAGAAUGCCUUACUAAAGAGGAGGAACAUGAAGUGCAGACUUGUAUUAAAGAAUUGGAAGGUGCAGGAGAAAUUUCUGAGCGACAUUCAGCAUUUGAGGAAUUGAAGAACAGUGGGCAAAUAGAAAAACCAAAUGCAGAAUUGAAGACCUUGCCUGCACAUUUGAAGUAUGUGUUUUUGGAGGACAAUGACUCAAAACCAGUGAUUAUUAGUAGCUUAUUGAAGAAAAUAGAAGAAGAUCAGAUGGUGCAGAUUUUGAAGAGACACAAAGCUGCCAUUUGA